UUUUAUGUUCGGUUGUUGCUGUAACAGAUCUGUAUUCCCAUUUUUAUGCUCAGCGACACAAAUCAUUUAUUUGGUCGGAAUAAGUAUAUCCUAUUGGUAUGGCCUAUAUUCGUCCCUGCAUUGGGUCAUAAUCAUGAUGUUGACGAUGAAUCAUUGGAUUGGUCGAAAUUAAUGGGCAGGAGUAAGGGACGAUCCAAGAAUUUUGGAACAUCCAUUCUUCAUACAUAUUCGUGUAUCUUCUUCGUUUUAUCAAGCGUGUAUGUUUCUUCUUGUGAUUGCAUGUGCAAUGAUGAUGCUAGAUUAUCAACAAAGAAAAACACCCCAAACUCAUACAACCGGAAAGUAAAGGAAAUGGACCAAUCCUAAUUCAAGUGACGCUCUAUAUUUGGUCAAGUGGCCGUGAGUUUUGCUUAAUAUACUCAGAUUUGCUCCAAUCUCUCUGAAAAUUGAAAAAUUUGUGUCAAUUCAAAAAUCGGCAUCAUGGACCGCUUUAUAAACAGUUGAGCUGUCGAAAAAGAACCAAACCACACAAAAACUAACAAAAAAUAAGAGCAGUAACAACAGCCAGCAAGCCACUUUUAUGGCCGCUGAUUAUUAUUAUUGGUGGGUGCGGAAAACAAGCGCUAAAAAAACAUAUGAACAUUUCUUUUGCGGAAUAACGUUCCGUUUUCAAAAUUUAUUUGCUUUGCCUGAGCGGAGCUGUCAAAAUUGAAUGUGCAUACGAGUGGCUGCAACUUUCUCAUUGUCGCUGUGACACUUAGUGAAACGUCAAAAUAGUGAAAUCGAAUGGAAAGAGAAACGAGUUGAAAACAGCGGUCACCGUCUCUGAAGCCACUCAGUACAAAGUUUAUUUUGAUGGGAAAAUGCAAAACUAAAUAUAGAACCACUAAUCUAAAGUGCAUAACAUCCGAAAGCGUAGCAAAUUGUUUGAAAAACCACUUCCAUCAGCACAGAUCACCAGUGAAUGAUGCUGAUAACACGGACAAUAUUGUUAAAUUUAAGGCGAAAGUUUAGCGAUUCAGCUGGAUUGCUGACGGUAGAAUCGUUGUGCAAUGAAGAUAACCAGAUCAAAUGUUUGGAAAAGAUGACGGCGGCUUCAAAGAAUACGACGAUAAAACUGCAUCCAUCGGUCAAACUAGCCUCAGUGUUGAUUCCAAUAGUAAAAUGCGAGAAACCAAAUGACGAACCAUCACUGUUAUACACAUUGCGGUCAAACAAAUUGCGAAAACACAUAAGCCAAGUGUCAUUUCCAGGUGGUAUCAUGGAAGAACACGAUGAAUCAUAUAUCGAUUGUGCCUUGAGGGAAACGGAAGAAGAGAUCGGAAUCGGACGAGAUCGGAUAACGGUGUGGGGGUCAACGCAUUUGGUGCAUUUACGAACUGCACCAGCAAUAAUGCCGGUGAUCGGAGUGAUACGAGACUAUAACAGCGAUUUGUUAAAACUCAACGAUCGCGAAGUGGAACGAGUGUUCACGGUGCCACUGUCCGAAUUAGCAGCUCAAAAACGACAUACACAAUUCCGCAUGAUACCUCGAAAUGUCAGUCAUAUAUCUGAUCAUACCACAACUUCAGGCGCAUACAGUCUGCCCGUGUUUACCGUGAACGAGGCCCGUGUCUGGGGCAUUACAGCAAUAAUUACACAUCUAUUUUUACAAUCACUUUUGCCCGCACAGGUGUAUGACAAACAAAUUCCAUUCAUAAAAAAAUACAAGUAAACCCAACGUGUUCACAAUGACGAUAAAUUGUUUAUUAGAUAAUUGCAUACGCAGAAAAAAGUUCAAAAAAAAAUUUCGAGCUCAGUCAUUAAUUACUUACAAUGUUUCACAAUGAAACGAAACGUUCGUUUUUUUUUAGGAAAGGACGUUUUCUUUCUUCUUGGCAAAAUGUAUAAAAAUACAUAACUGUAAAUACAAAAACAAAAACUCCAAUAAAAACACAUCAUACAGAUCUAAA